AUGAAGAGAAAGUUGUUCAUCUCGCUUGUCCUCAACACGCUGCCGUUCGUGGUCAAUGUGUCCGCCGGAGUCUUGUCGGGCUCCAGCACACAGAUUGCCGAGGACUUCCAUGUCCCCCGUACCAUGGUUGUGUUGAUCGUCACCAUGUUUUUGCUGGGCUAUGCGGUCGGUCCUCUAAUGUUUGGGCCUUUGUCUGAGCGUAUUGGGAGAAAGCUCCCUAUAAUGAUUGGCAUAAUCGGUUUCGCCUCUUUUUCUCUUCCAAUCGCCUUGGCACAGAACUUCUACACAAUCUUGAUAUGCCGGUUCCUGAGCGGCACAUUCGGGGCUGCGUCCAUGGCUGUUACUGGCGGUGCAAUUGGCGACAUUUGGCCUAGUCCCGUCGCGCGAGGGGUUGGUCUAGACGCUGGCGGUGGGCUCUAUGGGUUCUUCUUACUGCCGGCCCCAGCGGUGGGCCGAAGGCCUGCCGCUGGGGGCCGGCAGUAA